ACAUUCCUUUUACUUCCAUAAACCCCACAUCAUGGAUUCUUUUUCAGACAAGGGAAGGUUGAGUUUGACAGAAAGCCUUCUCCGCGUGGUGCCAUCAGCCGCUCGCUGGCCGGUUCUGCCUUGAUGAAAGAAGAGACGCUGGAUUGUGCCACCAAGAUGACGCCCGCCGCAGAGCAGCCAACCCCAGUGAAGGCACCAUUUUUUCACAUGAAGAGGAUGACAUCAUUCCUUAGGAAAGGACGGGCCAAAGAUUACCUGGUCCAUGUACCAUCUCCUCCACCACUGGAUUUAAAGCCACCUUUACUAAGGGCAGCAAACCCUACAACAUGCAAGAAUAAGGUCCAAACUGGACACGCCAGCGACGUGGGUCAUACAAUGGGGCGGCUGCUCGCGGUGCACCCGGACUCCAGCAGGGUAGUGGAGCUGCAGAGGCCACCGGCGGGGUUCCACGGGCUGUAUCUUGCUAAGAAAAGCCAGAACCACGACGCAGGAUUGUACGUGGUUCAGCUGGGCAGCGUCUUUACCUCGACAUAUCCGCAAGGAGUCUUGAAAGUGGGAGAUGAAAUCUUGGAGAUAAACAAGAGGAGGGCAAAUGAUCUGAGUGUGGAGGAAAUCAAUGCCCUUUUUGAGGAAAGCCGCUGUGUCCUGCUCCACGUUCUUCCGACGGCUGUAUCCUCACGGAGCCCUGUCCAAAACGUGAAGAGCGUGCCCAAUGCCCGUUAUGUGUAG